UUAUGAAUAAUAUUAAUGUUAGAUAACAUUUGAGACAUGGGUUUAUAUCCACAGCGCAGUGAGCACCAUUGUGUGCAUACUUGGCAUAGCUGUUGGUAUUCUGUUAUUGCUACAACCAUCCUGGCACGAAUUCUUGAUACUGUACAGGCAGCUAUUAGCGUACUUGAGACGAAGCGAUCCAGCAACUUACUGGACGUGCUAUCGAGUGUUCUUAUCCUGUUGGAUUGGAAUACAUUUUGCACACUUACUUACCGUUUUAGGAACGAUUUUAGGUGUACAGAUGACAAAAUCUCGACUAGUUGUUCCACAAAUUGUGAUACUGGUAUGUGAAGUCGGUAUAUAUAUAAUCGGAACAUUCAUCCUGAUCGUCAUCAGUGUGACUGGAUCUAAAGUAACGUGGAUUGCUCUGACAGCACUGUUCUUCCAUCUUAUCACUAUUUUCAGCACAAAUCUUGCUCUACUUGUGACUUAUCAUCGUAUCCUGGACGAGAGAAAUGUUGCUGCACAGGCUCUUUUAGCGGCAAGGAGCGUACAUUUCAAGGAAAGGCGAGGAUUAUGA